AUGGAUGACGCCAUGGAGAUUGUGGGGGACAGCGAUUUUGCCACGGACGUGGAGGGGAUGAUGGAUGGUGCUGUGGAAACCAAUGACGCCACUCCCGAGCUGGAUUACCCGAUGGAUGGAGACAUGAGUGAUGUAGAGGACAUGCUGGAGUACGAGGAGGAUGAGGCUGCUGGAGGUGGCGACACAAACCGAGAGAAGAACGACACGGAGGAUGCUGGAAGAGAUAUUGCGGGGACAGAGACGGAGACAGAGGCGGAUGUGGGGGAUCGAGAGGGCAUCGACUCGACCGAGUUUGUGGGUGAUGACUCAGCCGCUGACUCAGCCGGCGUUUCAGGAACCGAUGCUGGUGGACUUGGGUUUGUAGAACCGACUUCUGCCGCAAACCCAAACCCAACCUCGGUUCCCAGCGCUCCCAAUAUGGAUGAUGCGACAGCCCAUGCAAAGUCUAUUUCGGACGGUCAUAUUCAUAUGCAACAGGGAAGCCCACAACAAAAAAAAGAUAAGCUCCCCAACCAACAGCAAAAUGAGAUAUCGUCUGGACUCGGAGCAGUGGCACAAGCGGGGGACCAUGCGGUGGAGCGAGAGACGCAAGAAGGAACAACACAAGCAACAGAAGGAACACAAGGAGCACGGGCUCUCAGCGGGUUGGAAGACGUACCUCCCUCAGGACAUGCCGCAGACCAAACGGUACCCUUUACCGUCCAUGCCGACCAUGCAAAUGCCAUCGAUGGUGCCUCUGUUGCUACCGGGACUGCCUCUGCCGCUGAGACUGUUGACGUGGACCCUACUGGUGAUGACAGUGCUGGCAAUGGUAUUCACACUGCUGGUGGUGCAGAUGGUUUUCGUGGCAUCAACCAUGGGUCUGCUGCUCAUGGUGGCAAUGCUGCUGGCGACGCUGGUGCUGGCUCUUCUGUUGGCACGAGCGGCAACACUGCCGAAACAGGCGUUCAGCAAGAUACAGCGGACGUGCCAACAGACGUUCAUGACAUUGGUGCUGCCGCUGGUGCACCCAAUGCUGUACAUGCGACACAUUAUGACGCGGAGGCUGGUGGAUAUGAACAAGCUGCCCCAGAUUCUGUGGCGCAUGAGCAUGCGGCUGCUGCGGUACACGGUGCGCAUGAGCCUGAUGCCAGUCAAGCUGACGGUGCGCCUGACUCUGCUGCCGGUCAAGCUGACGGUUCACGUUACCAUGUUCCCGGUCAGAGUAUCAAUGCGCAUGUGGAGCCGGCUGCGAGUCAAGAUGCAGCAGGUCUACGAGGCCAGGCUGAUCAGGGGCAUGAACGUGCUGCGCCUGAAGAUGGUGGGUUAGGCGGCGACAGCGAGUUUGUGGCCGAAAUGAAUGACCUGGAGGACGCAACGACAUCCUCCGCGGCUGCAGUUUCCGCGGCUGACGGCGGACCGGGCGCUCUAGCUGCUGGCGUGGCCGCCGAGGAGCUGCCUCUCGAUGAGGCAGCGUCGGAGGCUUUGCAAGGGCAUGAAGAUGCUGCGGCUGCCGAGCUCGCCGACAACACGGCUGAGUACUACGACCAGUCGCUCGAUCUGGAUCUAUCUGUGCCUGUUUUGGUGCAUUUUGCAGAGACUGGCAAGACCUAUCUUGUUUCUGGCGAGCACGCCGACUAUCCGCCGCUGUUUGAAGAUAUCCGAGGCUCGGAGCUACAGGAGUAUUCUAUGGAGGACGUGUUUGGGCUCAUGCGACGGUCUCUGGAGGGUUUUUGCUCCAUGGAUGAGGAGCUGGUGCUCACCUGUGCUCAAUUGGGUCUUGUGUUGGGCGAAGACAAUGUGUGCAGCAAGGAUGCGACAUUGAUGGAUCUUGUGCGCCUUUUCCAGACAUUUGCGGCCAACACGGUCGAUUACCAGCGGCCCGCCACGUUUGACAUGCGUCUCAGCCUGUCCCAACGGUUCAUCUCAAACUAUAAUCGGCUCUACAGUUUGGCUCAACAGGGCCAUAGUUUGGUGGAUUUGAGUGAUUUGUCCCGCCACGUGCAACAAGGUUCGGUUGAAGAUGUCGCGGAGGUGGUUGGAGGAGGUAACCUGGGCAAGGAGAUUCUGGGCAGCAAUUCCGCUGCUCUAGAGGACGAGGCUCAGGUUGCGGAGGAAACUUCGCGAGCCCAGGAGGCCAGUCUGGAGUUUGCCAAACAGGCGUUCAGCGGGUCUAAACCUAAUGAGGAUCCCGAAGAUGAGUUGGAUCCGGUUUUGGAAACCAACUAUUUGCCUCUGAAGCGAGGCGCAGAGGACGGCGAGGUUGAAGAAGGCUCGGAUGUCAAGAAGGCCAAGGAGGAGUGA